UUCUUGUUCUCUGCCGCCUGAAGUUUUCUCACUUUAUUUCUUGGUCAUAGAUGCUUAGCCUGGUAAUGCCCAACUUACUCAUUCUUCCAGCUUGCAGUAUUAUUCUACUGUGUUGCAGAAGAUCCAUCAAAGUAAGGAGCUCUGAGGUCAACACUUGUGGGUCUUUACAGAGGUUAAGUUUCUUCAAGGCCCUCGUUGAGUCUUUUGUCUUGGUACCAAAGUUCUAAUCUUUCAACAGAUUUCUUUGCACAGAAGAAAAAAAAUAUAUUUUAGCAUUUUAUCUGCUUCUUUUUUUAAUUAAAAAGAAGUGUGCUUCAAAAUAAAUCAUUGUCGGAACUUGGAAGCUUUAUGUCUCAUCUAGAUCUGUUGUCUUGUUUAUUGUUCGUUGCUUUAAUUUCUCCCUUUAGUGUUGUUGGUGUUUGUGAGUUGGCUCUGCUCUGUUAUUUGAACUCUGAAGAUAAAAAUUAUAUGUCAGCCAGAAAGAAAACUGUCUAUGUCCAUUGAACCUUUUGAGUCAAAGCUUAUGGCAUGGGUGUAGUAGGGAAAUUCAGAGUGAUUAGAGAAGUUGAUUAGUGGUAUAUCAAUGAGAAGUUACUGUCAACAUGAUUGGGGUGUAAGGACGGGUGGUAUUAGAAAACAACUCUCGGGAAAAAACUUAUAUGAUCGUUUUUAUAGGAAUCGUUGUUUGAUAUGUUUGUUUUGGUUGAUGUAACAUUAGCCUAAAUCAUGAAAUAAUUUCAAGUGCAUAAUAGGUUGAAGCAAAAGAAGACGAUGAUCAAAAUAUUAGACCAUAUUCGGAAAAAUCUUGAUUUGAAGGUGCUUAGAAUUCCUUUUGGAGAUAUUGAUAAUGAAUUGCCAUUUGGAAAGGUAGUGAAAAUAUGGUAGAAAACUCAGCUUUCCAACCUAUAGCAGUUGAGACAGUAAAAAAUAAAUAUGCGGGGUUACCACUUGCAAUAUGAGCAACUGCAAAUGCAUUGAAAAAUAAUUAUUGGUUAAUGUUAUGGGUUUGGGGUUGGUUAAAGAUGUUUAUAAAUUAAAGUUGGUGAAAAUGGAAGCCGACAUUUAGAUUAAUGGUCUCAAAACUUCAUGUUUGUUGUUGGAUGUUGACAAUAAACAGGAAGUUAAAAUAUGUGACAUGGUCUAUACCAUUUGCCAUCUCAAUUGCAUCCACAGAUUAGACUGUGCCCUUGUAGUGCUUUUCCACUGUUGAUGUCUUUGUUUCUCUAUAAAUUAAUAUUCUUAGAGAACACAUGCCAUGGUCAUCUUUCAAUUGAAUAUAUUAACGUACAUUAAUAGAAGUUGAGGAGUGCGAUAAACUGAAGCACUUCUUAUUCUCCUUGGAAGUGUCUGAUUGCAAGAACAUAAAAAGAGAUUUCUAGUACUGAUGAAGAAAGAUUAGUAGGAUGUCGCUGUUUCCUAGACUAUGGAGGUUGCAGCUCAAAGAUCUUCUUAAAUUAUCUCCAAUUUCCCUGGGGAUUUGGUCAUUAUCCUUGUCCUUGUCCCUAUCCGUCUCAACUGUCCAUUGAUAUUUCUACAAUGAACAUAAUUGUCUCCGUUAAUUCUCGACUUUUAGUUAUAAAAUCAACUCAGCAAGCAAGGAAUUUGAAGAAAUGGGAUAAGAGAGCACUCAAGCCAGCUUUAUAUAACCUAUCAUGGGCAAGAAGUUGCAAGUACAGACGUCUACCUUCCAACCUAUGGCAUUUGAGGUGUGCUCAGGCUGCAACUUCAGAGGUUUAUUGGGCAAGAGGAUGUGGCUGACUGCAUCAGGGAUGUUGCAACAGUAAAACAUUCAUCUGGCAUUUAUUCGUUUCCUCUAGAUCCCAUAUUUGGUGGAGUAGACGGAUGGAAUUGCAAUGGAUAGACAUAGCUCUCCUCCAACUCCACCCAGAUGGAGAAAAGUGGCAUAUGGAGGAAUGCAACCUGGAUUUGAUGACAACCACAUGGAGAUUCAUUUCUUGAAUAGAUGGUUAUGAAUGCCAAUGAAGUUAAAUGGGACACGAUAAAGUUGAUGCAAGACUCAGUUUCCAUUUCACAAUAUCUAUGCAUUGUUGUUCUCAUUUUGUUGGCUUGGAUCUACAUGCGUAAAUCAAUUCUUGAUGAAAAUUCCCUUUUGCUUUUAGAUGUGAGUCUUCUUCCAUCAGGUUUCUUGGUUCUCAUUUUAACUGAAGAAAUGCUUUCUCUUAAAUUGUUGUUCCAUAAUAUUCUCAAUAUCUCCUUCUUUAUGGUUGAUCUUUAUGGUUUGUCUUCUAUCUACCAAAUACUCACGAGGUCCAUAAGCUCAGGCUCAGUAUGGGCUGUGACCAUCUCACUUCUCAUACUCCAUCUCUUCCUGCAUGACUAUUCUGGGUCUACCAUAAAAUCUCCAGGGGCUCUACAGGAUCCAACUUUAACCAGUUGCAUCUCUUUAAAUGCCUUAGUCAUAGCAUCCAUGUUCCCUGCCUCCCACCUUCCAUUGAGGCUACAUGUCUUGGCCAUCAUGCUAUUCUCCUUGUUGGUAUUCCUUUUCGCUCUGCUAGUCACAUACUGUGUGAAGAAAUACUCCUGGUUACGCCUUUUCUUUUCUUUUACCUUGAUGGUUGCAACCCUUGCUUUCGUAUAUAUUCUGCACUGGUUACUUUUGGUGGUGUUCUUAGGCUUGUCGGUUUUUGUUACUUUGGUAUGUCCUUUUUGGCUUAUACAGAUUCAAGAAUACAAAUUUGAGAUUAAUGGUCCUUGAAAUGAGGCCAAGCUUUGUUUUGAUAUUACAGAUUGAGAACACUACUUUCUAUAUGUUCAGUGGCAAUUUUCAUAUUCAUGAGAGUUCAUUUUUGUA